CAAGCUGGCAUGGAUUGAAUUAUCCGGGGUGCAUCCAUCCUUGUUCCCCACAUGUUGGACCCUUUCCUUAUAAUGGCCGCCCCAGCAAACCCCCAAUUGCUGUCGGGCCAGCGCAAAUAGCAAAUAUCUCGUCUGUUUAAUGAUGCCAAAACUCGCUGUUGCUCUUCUCGCGUUACUUGCUGUGGGCAAUGCGGCGCCAACUAAAGUGGCCCGCUCCGCGGCCAGUCCUACGGCCCAGGUUCGCAACGGCACAUAUAUCGGAGUGACGAAUACACAUUAUCAUCAAGAUUUCUUUCUGGGAAUGCCGUACGCUCAGCAACCUUUGGGUGACUUGCGAUUCACGGUGCCACAGUCCUUGAAUGAGAGCUGGAGUGGGGAGCGCGACGCAAAGGAGUAUUCCGACAUCUGUGUAGGAUACGGGACCGAUUCAAUUUGGUACCCACAGUCCGAAGCGUGUCUGACCUUGAAUGUCAUCCGCGAUUCUUCUGCAAAUGAGAACUCGAAGCUCCCUGUGGGCGUUUGGAUACAUGGCGGUGGUUUCUAUGAGGGAUCCAGUGCUGACCAGCGCUACAACAUGUCCGCGAUUGUCGCCAACUCCUAUAAAAUCGGGAAGCCAUUCAUUGCAGUCAGCUUAAACUAUCGCCUUUCGGCAUGGGGCUUUUUGAGCUCCAGUCAGGUCUGGGGCACUGGGAAUACCAACCUAGGCAUCAGGGACCAGAGGCUAGCACUUCAUUGGAUCAAGGAGAAUAUUGCAGCGUUCGGAGGAGACCCAGAGAAGAUCACCAUCUGGGGCGAGUCCGCCGGGGCGAUGUCCGUUGGCUAUCACCUUGCAGCAUACGGCGGGAGAGACGACGGGCUCUUUCGUGCAGGCAUCAUGGAAUCGGGAGCGACUAUUAGUGCUAGCCCAGACAACUAUACCGGGUACCAAGCGCUCUAUGAUGAGCUCGCGGCCCAAGUCGGUUGCUCCAAUGUAGUAGACUCUUUGCAGUGUCUGCGCGAAGUUCCCUUCGAGAAACUGAACGCUGCUCUCAACACCACAAGUGGCAACUCGGAGUUCAAUUUCGGGCCUGUCAUUGAUGGAGACAUCAUCAGAGAAUGGGGUAGCCUCCAGCUGGACAAGCAUGAAUUCGUCAAAGUCCCUAUUCUUGCAGGUACCAAUACCGACGAAGGAACAGCCUUCGGCCCCACGGGUAUUAACACGACAGAGGAGUUCUAUGCAUAUCUAACAGAUGGCGAAUCUGGAUUCCAGCUACCCCCCACGAUCGCCCAGGAAAUCCUGCAGCUCUACCCCGAUGAUCCAGCACUGGGUAUCCCCGAAUUCCUCGGAGACAGUCGAGUCCCGUCCAAAGGCUACCAAUGGCGGCGCACCUGUGCAUACGCAGGGGACUAUGUAAUGCAUGCCAACCGGCGGCGACAAUGUGAGGCGUGGACAGAGACCUCGACGCCGGCGUACUGUUAUCGAUUCAACAUGCGCGCGGCCGAUGUCCCCAUCCUGUCUGGCGCCACCCAUUUCGAAGAGGUUGCCUUUGUGUUCAACAACAUUGCAGGACUUGGGUACCAUUACGGAAAGCCAUUCGCAGGGAUGCCCGAGUCCUACGUACAGCUAAGCAACUUGAUGACCAGCAUGUGGGCAUCGUUCAUCCACGAUUUAGAUCCUAAUUCGGGCAUCAAGGACUCCGAUGUACAGUGGCAACCGUACGGGAAGGAUCAGCCGGUUGAUCUGGUGUUUGAUGCGAAUGUCACGAGCUACAGCUACAUGGAGCCAGACACGUGGCGGAAGGAGGGGAUCGACUAUAUCAAUUCCGUGGCCAACGCGUACUGGCGAUAAGCUUCAUGCUAUCGAAAAAACACACAUGUGAUGAGCAUGAGAGUUUUUUUGCCUUCCGAUCGAUGUUGCCUGCGGAGAGGACAUAAGCCAAGGCAAACAAGGAUGGUAGAGG